AUCCGUGCCCAUAACUUCUGACCAAUCAAAACAAACUGCGCAAAGUUGGAAGAACGAUGAAUCCCUUUAAAAGCUGGAAAAUUUUAAACAAGUGUCAGUCAUCUUUGCCAGAGCAAGAUCGCAGAAGAAGCAUUAUAAAGAAGCACCGAGGAAUAAUAUACUGUCUCCUGUGUGUUGGAAUAAAGCCCGAACGAGAGAUAACCAUGAGUAUGUGGAUGAACCCCUCCCACCACUUCCCAAGUCAUUUCACUGCAGCCUGGCCACCACAUCUCCUUCAGCUUCAGUAUGAUAACGACCAACAUAGCUCUGAAAGGUUCUCUGGUGAACCAUGGGGCAGUGGCUUCCUAUUGACUCCUGUUCCUGUACAGCAAGUGUCUUACAACCAGUCAACAAACGACCUCAACCAGGCUAUCGGCCGCAUCCGAGAACUUGACCAACAUUCUGCUGACCAGACAACCAAUUUCACAACCCUAGAAACAGGCCAACCUCACAUUGACUUCUACGCGGAUAAUGAAGACAGUGGAAAGGACGCAAGCCAUUCAAACAACACCGCCACUUAUGAUCUGGACGUCAAACAGACCAGUCCAGAUGAGUUUGAUAUCUACAGGUUACCUCCAGCCAGAGAAACUACAGACUUGGCUCUGAUUGCUGAAAUGCUGAGGGAGGAAUUGGAAUCUGGCUAUAACUCUCCUGACAGCGAAUGUGACAUUCUAGAGCACGAGGACACCGCUGAUGGCGUCCUCAGCCGUCAAGUUGACUUCAUUUCACUAGUGGAAGGCUCUGUGGCCCGUACUCCUUCUAAUCGUAAACGUCAACGUGACAAUACUGAUGUCACAUCAACAUCUUACUCUCCACCCGCAAAGCGACACUUCUGUCACCUUUGUGACAAGCAUUUCAGUAGUAAAAACAAUCUCAACAACCACAUUCGCAGUCACUCUGGUUCCACUGACCGCCCGUUUAAGUGUCAAUACUGCAGCAAAUGCUUUACGCAGAUGUGCUCCCUUAAGACCCACGUUCGCCUUCACACUGGAGAGCGUCCUUACCAGUGUCCCACAUGCCAUCGCCGCUUUGCUGACGUCUCUACUUGCAGCAAACAUCAGCGUAUCCACACCGGAGAGAAACCUUACUCGUGUGAUGUGUGUGGCAAAUCAUUUAGCCAGUCUGGAAAUAUGCUGCGACACAAAAGGAGCCACAUAACUAUGAGUAUGUGGAUGAACCCCUCCCAUCACUUCACCAGUCAUUUCACUGCAGCCUGGCCACCACAUCUCCUUCAGUCUCAGUAUGAUAACGACCAACAUACCUCGGAAAGGUUACCUGGUAAAUCGUGCAGCAGUGGCUUCCUCCUGACUCCUGUUCCUGCACAGCAAGUGUCUUACAACCAGUCAACGUGCGACCUGAAGCAUGUCAUCGGCCGCAUUCGAGAACUUGACCAACAUUCCACUGACCAGACGACCAAUUUCACAACCCUAGAGACAGGCCAACCUCACACUGACUUUUACGCGGAUAAUGAAGACAGUAGACAAGACCCAAUCCGUUCAAACAAGACCGCCGCUAACGCUUUGAACGUCAAACGAAAAUGUCCAAAUGAGUUUGACAUCUACAGGUUACCUCCAGCCAGAGAAACUACUGACUUGUCUCUGAUUGUUGAAAUGCUGAGGGAGGAAUUGGAAUCUGGCUAUAACUCUCCUGACAGUGAUUGUGACAUUCUGGACCACGAAGACACCGAUGAUGGCGUCCUCAGCCGUCAAGUUGACUUCAUUUCACAAGUGGAAGGCUCUGUGGCCCGUACUCCUUCUAAUCGUAAACGUCAACGUGACAAUACUGAUUUCACAUCAUCAACAGACUGUCCACCCGCAAAACGACACUUCUGUCACCUUAGUGAAAAGCAUUUCAGUGGUAAAAACAAUCUCAACAACCACAUUCGUAGCCACCCUGCUUCCACCGAUCGCCCGUUUAAGUGUCCACACUGCAGCAAGUGCUUUACGCAGAUGUGCUCUCUGAAGACCCACAUUCGCCUUCACACUGGAGAGCGUCCUUACCAGUGUCCCACGUGCCACCGCCGCUUUGCUGACGCCUCUACCUGUAACAAACAUCAACGUAUCCACACCGGAGAGAAACCUUACUCGUGUGAUGUGUGUGGAAAAUCAUUCAGUCAGUCUGGGAAUAUGUUACGACACAAAAGGAGCCACCAAGCAAUAACGCAGACGUUACAAAAGACGCAACCAGAACCAGUAUACUACAUCUACUGUGUCGGAAGAAAACCUGAACAAGAGAUAACCAUGAGUAUGUGGAUGAACCCCUCCCAUCACUUCACCAGUCAUUUCACUGCAGCCUGGCCACCACAUCUCCUUCAGUCUCAGUAUGAUAACGACCAACAUAACUCGGAAAGGUUACCUGGUAAAUCGUGCAGCAGUGGCUUCCUCCUGACUCCUGUUCCUGCACAGCAAGUGUCUUACAACCAGUCAACGUGCGACCUGAAGCAUGUCAUCGGCCGCAUUCGAGAACUUGACCAACAUUCCACUGACCAGACGACCAAUUUCACAACCCUAGAGACAGGCCAACCUCACACUGACUUCUACGCGGAUAAUGAAGACAGUAGACAGGACCUAAUUCGUUCAAACAAGACCGCCACUAACGCUUUGAACGUCAAACGAAAAUGUCCAAAUGAGUUUGACAUCUACAGGUUACCUCCAGCCAGAGAAACUACUGACUUGUCUCUGAUUGUUGAAAUGCUGAGGGAGGAACUGGAAUCUGGCUAUAACUCUCCUGACAGUGAUUGUGACAUUCUGGACCACGAAGACACCGAUGAUGGCGUCCUCAGCCGUCAAGUUGACUUCAUUUCACAAGUGGAAGGCUCUGUGGCCCGUACUCCUUCUAAUCGUAAACGUCAACGUGACAAUAGGCCUACUGAAAUCACAUCAUCAACCGACUGUCCACCCGCAAAACGACACUUCUGUCACCUUAGUGAAAAGCAUUUCAGUAGUAAAAAUAAUCUCAGCAACCACAUUCGUAGCCACCCUGCUUCCACCGAUCGCCCGUUUAAGUGCCCACACUGCAGCAAGUGCUUUACGCAGAUGUGCUCUCUGAAGACCCACAUUCGCCUUCACACUGGAGAGCGUCCUUACCAGUGUCCCACGUGCCACCGCCGCUUUGCUGACAUCUCUACCUGUAACAAGCAUCAACGUAUCCACACCGGAGAGAAACCUUACUCGUGUGAUGUGUGUGGCAAAUCAUUUAGCCAGUCUGGGAAUAUGCUACGACACAGAAGGAGCCACCAUACAUAAGACUACAUAUUGCUAGCGACAGUUACCACAAUAAUGUAAUCGUAUUGUGAGUUGACAACGAGUUGAUUACGAGUACAAACGAGUCUAUUUAUUGUUGUCUUUCAUCACUGAUGUUUUGCAAGAAGUGUAUAGACAGCCCUACUUCCAAUACUAUACGUCCUAUAUCAAAAAGUUUAUAUUGAUACUUAAAGUUGAGGUUUUUAGCAUGUAAUGAAUGAUAUGAAGUUAAAUACCAAUUACUCGGGAUAUGUGAUCGAGCCCUGGUGGACCCCGUUUGUGUCACGACAACAGCGACAAUAAGUUCAGUUCCCUCUAUGUGUUAGUGUCCAAUAUGUUUAUUAGACCAUUAUUUGUAUUGUUUUGCUAACGUUUCGUUGUGGAUAUAAUAUAGCCAAUAAUGAUGCUACUUGCAUCAGAUUGUUUCAUCUGCAAUAGUUUUAAUGAUAUUUUAUGAAUUUUGUUUUGUUUUGUAGUGAAAUGUGUCAGUAAUAACACUAUCGAUCACAGACCAUACUUAUUAGGAUCACAUUACAUUUAGAGAGGAAGUGCCAUUAGUUGCCAAUGCCAUUGUCAAUAUUUUUCAUCGAAUUUUGCAAUGUUUAAUAGUAUCUUCUAUGAAUAAACUCAU